GAGCUUUGUUCCAUAAAUUAAUUCUAAAACAUAUUAGAAAGUCUAUUUUUCUGGUAUCUAGACUUAAACUGUUCCAUAAUUUUGGAUGCGGAGACCGCAAAGGUGCACCAACCUCCAGUCUCGCGCUUUUACUUAGGCGUAUAACAUUAAUUUUACUGUAUCUCGUGUUUCGAGAGUGACGAUCACUGUUUUGUUCUUGUAACUUGGAACAUUACCGUUUGUGAAAUUACUUAGUUAUCGUUUCUAGACAUUCCGACGUUCAAGAUAUACUGAGGAACCCUUUUUUCUCGAACCCUCAAGGUAGCAAAACAUGGUUUGACUUAGCUCUGAGCUUGCUACGCAGGCUACUCGUCAAACAAACACAGGGAGACCGUUCGCCGUGGCUUCAGUCAAAAGGCAAGAGCUGAGAUGUCUCUCACGAAACUUUUCAUCCCUGUUUUCUUUCUCGUCCAAAUUCAUUACUCACGAUUCGAGCAUUUGGCUAAGGAGCCUCUUAUCGUGCAAACUAAAUCCGGUGCAGUCGAAGGGAGGUUAGAGCCAACAUUUCAUGGCUUGUGUACUAGACAGUUCCGUGCCAUUCGAUAUGCUGAAGCUCCGAUCGGCGACCUUCGCUUUGCAAAAUCCAAACCAGUUAGAUCAUGGAACGGUGUAAAAGAUGCGACACAGCACGGGCCCAUUUGCCCUCAAGAAAAAGAUGAAGUGUUCAUUAGAAUGCUGAAUAUCGAUAUACCUGAAGGGGUGACUCUUGAAGAACACCCUCAGAGUGAAGACUGUCUCACCCUCAGUAUUUACACACCACAGCAUACCUCACCCAAGCUUAGAGCCGUGAUGGUUUGGGUCCAUGGUGGAGGAUUCUCUUCUGGUUCCUCUAGGGGGUUUGACCCUUCUGUUUUAGUUGCCUUGCAUGAUGUUAUUGUUGUUACUAUUAAUUACCGUCUUGGAGUCCUUGGUUUCUUUAAUAUACCAGACACAGAUGUCAAAGGGAACUAUGGUCUAUUUGAUCAGAGCUUAGCUCUUCAGUGGGUCCAGCAGAAUAUUGCAAGUUUUGGUGGAAACCCCCAAAGUGUGACAAUUUUCGGGGAGAGUGUUGGUGGUAUGAGUGUCUCUGCACACCUUCUCUCCCCGAUCAGUAAGGGGUUGUUCCACCGUGUCAUUGCACAGAGUUGAUCAGCAUCAUUUGACUCAUUUGUUGGUCAUGAAGCAAAUUCAGCUGGUCUUGUUAAGGUCUUUGCUGAUGCAAUCGGUUGUGAAUUUAAUGCCAGUCUAGUUGUCUGCUUGAGAACUAAAAGUGUAAAAGAAGUUUUUGAAGCUCAGAGAAAUGUCACUGCACCUCAGAACUCUGGCAAAAUGCUUCUGACUACACCAGUUGUUGAUGGGGAGUUUCUAACUGGGAGCACCAAGCAACUACUCAGAGAAGGGAAAAUAAACAAAGCUGAUGUUAUGCUUGGAGUAAAUGCCAAUGAAGGGGGUUUCUUUGCUUUGUUGUUCCCUGGCCAUCUGAAGAAUGGUUUACCACAACAACAACUGCAUGCUGCCAUGGAAACAAGCCUGAAGUCAUUCACAGGAAUGAAUACAAUUGCUUUAGAAGCUGUUAAAUUUGAAUACCAAGACAACAAGAAGCUCAAUGACAAUAUUACUAACCGUCAAAUGUUAAUGGAAUUUGGAACUGAUUAUAUGUUCUUGGCACCUGCAGUGUUUGAAGCCAUCGCUCUAGCUAAUGCUGGUCAAGCACCCUUCUUCUAUGUGUUUGAGCAUCUUCCAGACUUUUACCAUGUUGGACCAUGGCUCUCAAGCAUGCAUGGAUUAGAUCUCCUGUUCAUGACUGGAGUUCCUUUCUCACCUGGGCACAAUGCUAAGCUCCUUCAAGCUUUGGUUGGAAAUUAUUCUGCCAUGGAUAAGGGUUUAUCACUUUACAUGAUGGAACUAUGGACUAACUUUGCUAAAUAUGGUGAUCCAAACCACACCCAAAGCACUCCUGUCGUCUGGCCCCGCUUUAAUGCUACUUUUCAAUCACACCUAAUCAUUUCACUUAACCCGAGAGUGGAGCAGAUGCCUCGAGCUGACAAGAUGGCAUUCUGGAAUGAGUUCUUUCCAUUGCUGACAAGACAGCUAUCAGCAAAAAAGGCAAAAGAAAAACCUCAAGAUGCAAAAGACGAACUUUGAUGCAUGAAUUUUUACAAUUUUAGUUUAUUAGUGAUAAAAUCCUAAAAAGUGCACUUUUAUUACUUCUUAUAGUUUUUAUUUUUGGAAGGUAAUUCAAAAUUAAAACCAGGUAGAGUUGGUAUUUUUCUACCUCUAUUCUGUCCUCGGAGGUGUAAAAUAUACAACUGUGUGUUGUUAAUCUCCCUGAUUCUACCAUGGCUGAACAGACCAUUUAGUUUCUCUACAGAAUGCAUGUCUUUUCGGUCAUACCUUGUAGUUUUAGGGGUGGCUUUUAGCAUUAUUAUGGAUAUAAAUAUAUUAAACAUUAAUCUCCCUGAUUCCACCAUGGCUGAACAGACCAUUCAUUUUCUCUACGGAAUGCAUGUCUUUUCGGUCAUACCUUGUAGUUUUAGGGGUGGCUUUUAGCAUUAUUAUGGAUAAUAGUAUAGUAAACAUUAAUCUCCCUGAUUCCACCAUGGCUGAACAGACCAUUUAGUUUCUCUACAGAAUGCAUGUUUUUUCAUUCAUACCUUGUAGUUUUAUGGGUGGCUUUUAGCAUUAUUAUGGAUAAUAAUAUAGUAAACAAAUUUGUACAGCCCCCUUGGUUCAGUGAUCAAUGCCUUUUACUGUCAAAUCCGUUGUAUCGUAACCCGCAUUUCAAAAACAAUAUUUAUUUUGGUUUUAUGUUCCGUCAGUAAAACCUGUCUGAGACAAUCAGACUGCACUAGGUGAGAGAUGACAACAAUCUGAUUGGCUUAAAAUAAUUUGACUGGCGGAACAGAAUAUCCCAAAAAACAAAAACAAAUUGAUGUUUUGAAAAUGCAGCGUCGCGAUUCGACGGAUUCGACACUAAAGUGAUCAAAGUUAUAAUAGUUGUGUGCAACAUACAAACACUAGAUAUCAGACCACAUAGAGGAAGGGGCAGGAGGAAUGAAAUCCAACACACACAUACCAUUUGCCAUAAGUGCAAUUCGAGGGUGAAAUGGUGUUAAUUUUAUUUUUAGUUAGUGUUCCAUAGAUUAAAAAUUAUUGUUGGAGCUAGGUACAACAAAACUAAAGAUAUUACGAGGCUACUCUUUCAAUGGAAAAAUUAAAUACCAAUUCUCACACUAUCUCACUUGCAA